AUGGGACUGGAGUCGCAGCCAGACCGCUGAAUUCUUGCAAGUAAUCUCCAACAGAAGAGAGCUGUGCCGAGAAAACUAAGCGAAUUUAACCCAAGGCAGAUUUUUAUUCUGAACUGCCAAAUAAAAAAAUGGAUACAGCACCCGCGCUGUGAUCGGGUGGAUUACAAAAUUGGAAAGGAGGACAGAAAAUCGAGAACAGAAGAAUAUUUGAAGAUUAUAAUUAUUUUAUGUGUUAUCACGUUUUGUAAAUGCUGAUUCAGCUGUGGUCUGUAGUAGCAUAAAUAAACCCUUGAAGGUAUCACAGCUUUAAUAGCUGGGACCCCAUGUAUGUUUAUCACAUAUUAUAUUGAGAGAGAGAAGUUUGAUACUUGUGAAAUUCUUAACUUGCUUAAAUCUCGCGGAAAAUGUGCACAUCAGUUCGGAAUUGCUGUUCAAAAGGGUUCUAGCAUUUAAACUAAACAACAUUAAAACAAACAAACAAACAAACAAACAAAAAACACCUAGAGAACACGCUAUGGAAAAACGGUGCCUUCUUUUCUCAAGCUUUCUGGCUCUUAUCCCUUCACACCUACAGGUUUCUGGUCAAUACACACCGCCAUCUGAGCAUCCAGGUUUCCGGGUUUUAGCCACGGCCUCCCACUAUUGGCCCUUGGAUGCGGUGGAUGGGAUUCACAGACUUUGGGAUGCAGUUGGAAACCGAACAGGUUAUGUUAAUGGAACCAGUAUAACUCUCAGAAUCCACAACCAUACUGUGCUUCUUUCCCAUAACUCUACCUCUGUAUAUACCAAUGACUCUGCCUACACUAACCUUACUGCAACCGUAGACCUAGUAGAAGGAAUGGUUAACAGAGGGAUUUAUCUCAAUGGAGAUGAGGGAGCCACAUUUUUACAUUUUGGGAGCUAUGAAAACAGUUGUAUUAGUGACCCAGCACUCUGUGGACCUCAAGGUGUAACAUUCUCUUUUUUUUGGAAGAACCAGGAAAGCCAGACCCGGUUUGCCAUGGCCUCUGGAGGGAAAGUGAUUUCCAAUGGGUUCUCAGUUUACUCCAAUGGGUUUGCGGACUACGUGGAGUUUUACACUCGAGGGGACUCCCGAACAUGGAGAGCAAAAGUCACCCUGCCAGGUCCUCACUGGACUCAUAUUCUGUUCACCUGGACUCUGACCGAUGGUCUGAAAGUCUAUGUUAAUGGGACCUUCAGCACCAACGACUCCCAAGGGAGGAAGUCCCAGAAUUAUGGGGAUCCUUAUCACAACCUCAUCAUUGGGGCAGACAAUGACCAGUCCUAUGGUCACUAUAUGACAGGAGCCUUUGAUGAGUUUGUCAUAUGGGAAAGAGCUCUGACCCCUGAAGAAAUAGAACUGUAUUACAAAGCAGCCAUAGGAGAGCCUGUAAUUAUUCCUACAACACCAUUUGUCCAAAACUCUACUAGUUCUCCAGUGGAUUUAAUGUUAUCCACAGAUGCAUACCAUCCCAUUAUUACAAACCUGACAGUGGAAAUACAGCACUUCCAGUACCCUGUAUCUAUGCUGGGAUACUUGGAAUCGGUGUCAAUCAGCCUGCCCAACAAAACCAUCCCCAAGGAAACUGCCUCCAACCUGACCAAGACCUUCUUGAAAAGCGUUGAAGAAGUUCUUUUGUUACCAAGUUGGUCUGAUCUUGCAGAGCCUGGCCCUAUUGUCAGCGGUCUAAUCGAAACAGUGGAUAAAGUGAUGGUGCACAUGGUGUACAAUCUGGAAACCAGUCCCAUCUCAAUUGAUGGGUCCUCAACAGUAGCAGAUUAUUCUCUUGUGAAAUUACCACUUAGUAUGAACCUGCCUCACUACCGCUUCCCUUCGCAAGGAAAGAGCUACAUCUCAAUCCCUGGCAAAGCUUUCAACUUCAACUCACGGACCACCAUUGUGGGACUGUUCUACCACACCAUGCAUAACUACUACAAGAAAAUCGACCCUCUCAAAACAAAGAUCAAAGAAGCUGCAAAUUAUAAAGAAUACAAGAUCUCAGCCACAAGUUACAUCAUUUCCCUAAAGGUUGAGCCACCCCCUGCACUCUCUGUCAACCUGUCAGGCACCCCUCUCAUCACCAUCGUCCUCACACAUGUGCUGAGUCUUGAGCAGUAUAGCCUUGCAUCGAACAGCAGCAACAAUGUGUUUCUUUACUGCGCCUUUCUGGAUUACAGCUCUGGAUCUGGAGUCUGGUCCAAUGAAGGCUGUGUUAGAGCUGAAGGCAACCUCACCUUCUCCACGUGCCUCUGUAACCAUCUCACCAACUUCGCCAUUCUCAUGCAGGUGGUGCCCCUCGAGCUCAGCCCUGUAAACCAGGUGGCGCUGUCUACAAUCACCUACAUCGGCUGCGCCAUCUCCAUCUUCUGCCUGGCCAUCACUAUUGUUACCUUUGCCAUUCUCUCGUCUGUGAGUACAAUUCGUAACCAGCGCUACCACAUUCACGCCAACCUGUCUUUCGCCAUCUUAGUGGCUCAGAUCCUGCUGCUGAUCAGCUUUAGAUUUGACUCAGGAACGCUUCCCUGCAAAAUCAUGGCCAUCCUCCUUCACUUUUUCUUCUUGAGUGCCUUUGCAUGGAUGCUGGUGGAAGGUCUUCAUCUGUAUAGCAUGGUGAUCAAAGUGUUUGGGUCUGAGGAAAGCAAACACAUCUUCUACUACGGGCUAGGCUGGGGGUCUCCCUUGGUGAUCUGCGUGGUGUCUGUAACAUCAGCACUUAACAGCUAUGGAGAAGUGGGCAACUGCUGGCUUUCCCUGGAAAAUGGAGCAAUUUGGGCCUUCGUGGCACCUGCCUUGUUUGUAAUCCUGGUGAAUAUUGGUAUCCUGAUCGCUGUGACGAGAAUCAUCUCCAGAAUCAGUGCCGAUAAUUACAAGGUACACGGAGACGCCAGUGCAGUCAAUUUCUCUUUCAGACUGACUGCCAAAGCAGUUGCUGUCCUGUUGCCCAUCUUGGGAAUCUCCUGGAUAUUUGGGGUCCUGGCAGUCAAUGAACGCUCCCUCCUGUUCCAGUAUAUGUUUGCCACAUUCAACUCCCUGCAGGGUUUCUUCAUUUUUCUCUUCCACUGCCUCCUCAACUCGGAGGUCAGAGCAGCCUUUAAACAUAAAACUAAGGUAUGGUCUCUGACCAGCAGCUCUGUCCGAAACAUCAAUGUGAAACCUUUCAACUCAGACAUCAUGAAUGGAAACAGACCAGAUGGGAGCCCAACAAAAAUUAACACAUGGGAUAAGAGCACAAACUCAGCUAAUCGCAUUGCUUUAUCUGCAGUGUAACAUUGUGCUGCGACGUCUCAAUGGUACGAAAAAAAAGGAUAAUAUACAUGCACCGGAAUAUAUUUUCAAAGAGUUUUCCAUGUCAACUGGAAACCAUGUGAACUGUGUUGUAGGACCAGUGAUGAGUUUGCCCUUUGGAGUUGCUUUCUCCGGGCUGGUGUUAAAAAGUUUAUGGUUGACGGGAGAUGGUUUGACCUUCAACAAAGCAUUUUUCUUUCAUAAACGAAAGAUAAGCCACAGUGAUGAUGCCAGUCAAAAAAAUAAAUAAAUACGUGGGACUUAAAGGGUUAAACAACAAAAAUGAUGGUUCAAAUAGCCUUAGCUGUAAGUUAUUGUAACAUGUUAAUAGCACAGCUGCAGCUUUUCCACCUCCACGUUCUAAGUAAAGCUCUGCAUUAAUCUGUGCUUUGCUUUCUAGAAAUCUUUUCUUAAAUCAGUAUAACACCACCGAGAGACUACUCUCAAAACAUGAUUUUGUCAAGGUAUGGUGUAAAGAUCAUUCAGCAUUUUGAUUAUUUAAUUGAAAUUAUUUUUAAAAGAUAUGACUGCAUUGCAUGGCAGUUAGUGUUCUGCUCAUUAGGGUCAGAGUCCGGGCUGGGCUUUGUGUUUUAACCCUUAUUUUAAAAGGUUACAGGGGAAAUCCUGUUACAGUCUUAUUGUCACAAUUUCCGUUUCUUUGAAGUGAUAUUAAAAGGGUUUGGCUGUAAUGUUUGCUGUGCCAUUGUCACUACCAGAGUCCAGUAACUCCCUGUAACUCCUAACAAAAGUUUACAUGUCAUGAGAAAUAUGGUUUGGUCUAAACUUUUACUGCUUAUUUCUAUAAAACGUUUAGAGCAUUGCUGGGAAUCUCAUAUCUGGGUUUCUGGUAGUAUUAAAUAUGUGUUAUGAAAUAUGUGAUCUAGUCAGUGAGGAGAGGAAAAUGUGACAGAUACUGAAGAUGUUUAUACAUUUGAUUUCAAUACAAAGGUAUGAUAACAAAGCAUUAGUCACAGCAUUACUCAACUGGGUACCCCGGGGCAUUUUGCCAUCAGCUGUGACAUCUUUAUAAUUAUUGUAAUUAUUAUUAUGAUUAUUAAUAUUUAUGAUUUUAUAUUUGUACUUGUACAAGCCCUACAAUAGAAUAUUACUGAAUAUACAGCAGACUAAUUGUUCAGUUUAGUGAAUUGUACUGAAAGUUAAAAUGUCUUUGUUAUAUGUAUAUUUAAUCUAAAAUCAACAAUAAACCUGCUGACAGUGGGUUUUUUUUAUACUUUAAUAUAUUGUACUGAUGAUUACUGUUUGCAAUAAUAUUUAAAAACACAUAUUAAAAUGGUAAGUUGAUACAGACAGAGUUAGUAUUAGCAGAGUCUACUAUAUAACCCAGUACAAAGGGUGCUAUGAAUCAAAACCUACUUCUACUGUAUAUUUCGUUCCACAGAUCUUCGCCAGACAUGCUUGCAAAUGCUAUAUAUUCUAGUUAACUGUAAGUGAAUUUGUAUUUUAUACAGUAUAGAUCACUGUAACUAACGCUAUGAAGACACAGUAACACAGUUGUAUAAAUAAAGAGCAUCUGUAAGCUCACAAAAAUGUUUUCGAUGUUGCUGAAUCUGAAUUUUUUAAGUCAUUAACACUGUCAAAUGAUUGAAUUAGCCUACCCUGCACUGUCUGUAUUAUGAGGUUAACCUUGAAUAUUGAAAGACAUGAUUUUAAUGAUAGAGACUGAUUUGUGCUUUUUGAGACACACUGAUAUGCCCAUGAACUUAUUUCCACAUGUUGAGAUGAGAGCCUUGAACACAGUUUCCACUUUUAAAUAAUGUAUUUAUUUAUUUUAAAAAAAAAAAAAAGGUAUACAAUGAUAACAGUAACAUAUAUGUAUGGGUAAAAUUAUACAUUAUUUUGAAGUUUCAAGGAAAUGGAAAAUCUGUUGUGACAUUGUGACUUGCGAAUAUAGGCCACUGCAUCAGGGGUUUCCUUUAGAUGUAUAUUUUUGCUGAAAUUACAACCUGCUGUGCCUUGGGUGUUUGCAUGAUAGGGGAUUGCUAAGUGUUACAACUUCAAAGCUGUCCAGGCAGAAUGCUACACCACGGAAUCAUGAAAUGCAUGUUUAAAUUACUUGCAUGUCAUCUUAUUGACUUUUUGUAAGAAGCAUCAAUACAAUGUAAAGAACUGUCAAGUUUGUUAUUAUUACUGAUUUCAACUGUGAAUGAUGAUAGGGUAACUAUCACCAACAGUACUGCUCUUAAAAAAAACUGUACCAUGUUCAUUUAGCUGUUUCCCCAUACUUACAUUGUGCAUUUACCAUACUUUACCAUAGUGUGCUGUGGUUUUACAGUGUUUUACCAUUCCAUUAUAUACUUUAUAAUGCAUUCAUGAUGCUGGACUACAUUUUGCUAUGCCUUUACCUUGUCUAUAAGGGAUUCAUACAAUAACAAACAAAACAAAAGCACCUUUUCCACUUGGCUAACAGCAAUGUAAGCAAGGUAUUUUACAUUGUCUAGAUUUGUUUUUUGUUUUAACAGUUCCAGGCUUUAUGCAUGUCCAAUUUCAAAGCAUGUUUAUGUUUUUGAAAAUCAAAACUUCAUCUCUGUCUGUUAGCUCUGUUUCAUUGUCGGGGGACCCCAGUUAUUCACACAGGGAAUGCAGCUUUAAAAGGCAAAACACAAAGCAAAGAACUCCCAAGAAGAAAGAAAAGUGAAUAAUGAAUGAAUAAACCCCCCCCCCCCCAACAGCAAAAUUAAUUUUGACACUCAGUCGCAAACUGUUAGCUUAUAACAAUAAAAUAACACAUGCUAAGCCUUAAUGUGACUGCAAGGUUGAAACACUUUUUGAUAAGCGAGUUCAUUUGAGGCAAUACAUUUUCUUUUCUAUUGCCUCAAAUCCCAUGCUGUUCCAAUAAUCCCACAGUUCUCAAUUACUUGUACCAUUGUGGAAGUCCAAUAGAAGCAGAGAUACAGGAAAGUUUCUUACAGAAACAAAAUAUCACACUUAUAUUUUAAAAUACGUUUAAUAUAUUCUUGGACCUCUUUUAGUCUGUCUUCACCCCUUUGUAACAAUGCCUUCUAAAUCCUUUCUUCUACAUGUCUCUCGCCUUCUAAACAAGAUUAUUAUUUAUUAUUAUUUACCUUCUAAAACUCUGCUCGUUGCUUCCUGUGGCAAGGCACUGUAUCUUAACUUUCUUUUAUGUUUUUCUUGCUGCACUUUAUGUUGAGAUCAUGACUGAAUUCUGGCAGCUUGCCCUGCAGUUUCCUUAUUUUGUUAUCAAUUCCAGCAAGCUGUCAAUGUAUUUUUAAACCCCACAGCACAGUCUAUAUUCCUCCAGGCUGUUUAUCAACUACUUUUUGUUAGAUUUCUCUUCCCCUUCUCCUUUACUACGAGUGACAUAUCCUUCCCUACAGUAUUAUCAGCUAUUUAUUGAAAAGCCAGAUGGGUAGUUGCAGUCUGCAUUUUUAUCUUUGCUUGUAAACCUGUCCUAUUUAUUGUAGAACAGAGAUGUUCAGGUGAUUUUUGGCCAAAAGGGCCAUACUGAUCAGAGAGUUCUUAAAGAGCCAUACUGAUAAGAAAGUUCUUAAAGAGCCAUACUGAUCAGAGAGUCCUUAAAGAGCCAUACUGAUCAGAGAGUUCUUAAGAGCCAUAUUCAUCAGAGUUCUUAAAGAACCAUACUGAUCAGAGAGUUCUUAAAGAGCCAUACUGAUCAGAGAGUUCUUAAAGAGCCAUACUGAUCAGAGAGUUCUUAAAGAGCCAUACUGAUCAGAGAGUUCUUAAAGAGCCAUACUGAUCAGAGAGUUCUUAAGAGCCAUACUGAUCAGAGAGUUCUUAAAGAGCCAUACUGAUCAGAGAGUUCUUAAAGAGCCAUACUGAUCAGAGAGUUCUUAAAGAGCCAUACUGAUCAGAGAGUUCUUAAAGAGCCAUACUGAUCAGAGAGUUCUUAAGAGCCAUACUGAUCAGAGAGUUCUUAAAGAGCCAUACUGAUCAGAGAGUUCUUAAAGAGCCAUACUGAUCAGAGAGUUCUUAAAGAGCCAUACUGAUCAGAGAGUUCUUAAAGAACCAUACUGAUCAGAGAGUUCUUAAAGAGCCAUACUGAUCAGAGAGUUCUUAAGAGCCAUACUGAUCAGAGAGUUCUUAAAGAGCCAUACUGAUCAGAGAGUUCUUAAGAGCCAUACUGAUCAGAGAGUUCUUAAAGAGCCAUACUGAUCAGAGAGUUCUUAAAGAGCCAUACUGAUCAGAGUUCUUAAGAGCCAUACUGAUCAGAGAGUUCUUAAGGAGCCAUACUGAUCAGAGUUCUUAGAGACCUUUUCUUAGUUUGUUUAUGUUCAUUAAACAUGCUCCAUGUUUGUACACACACAAAUUCUGUACAUUUUGUAUUACCCUACAAUGUGAUACAAGUUGAUUGGUGUAAAAUGUACUCUGAUACCUUGACUCAAACAUCAGUGUCCUAUCUGGACCUAGCCACAAUCUGUAUAUAAUACAGUUAUUAUAUAUCAAAAUGUAAUUUAACAAAUAAAAAGAAUC